GAGAACGUCCGGGCCAUCCCGGAGGAGGAGCUGCAGCAGACCUUCGACGCGGUGGAGCCGCAGCUCUACGACCGCAUCGACGGCGGCAGGGAGCAGAUCGGCUUCGUGGCCCAGGACGUGCAGGCCAGCGGGAAGCUGGGGGCGACGAUGUGCAAAACGAAGAACUUGGACGGCCGGGAGCUGAUGGCCCUGGACUAUCAGAAGCUCUCCGUGGUCCUGUGGGGCGUGGUGAAGAAGCUCCAAAGGAGAGUGGAGGAAAUGGCGGAGGAGGAGGCCAUCGGGCUCUUCCAGCAGCUGGCCCGGGAUUUCAACGUCCGGGACCCCCCGGAAGCUCUACCAAAUCGCCCGGCGGAGUUUCCCGGUCGGCGGGACCUCACCUCGGCGCGGGCCGCGGCGGCCCUGCGCAGCGACGUGGCCAGGCAGAUCCUGGCGCCCAAGCCCAGGAGCCUGGGGAAGAGCGUGGCCGAGGGGCCCGACAAGCGGCUCCAGGCGGACCUCAUCGAUUUCUCCCAAAACACGCGGGGGACGAACAAGUUUGGCCUGGUGGUCGCGGAUGUGUUCACUCGGGAGGUGGCCACGAAGGCCCUUCCCGACAAGUCCGCCCAGACGGUGACACGAGCAGCGGCGGAGAUCAUCCCCGAGCUGGUCCAGGACGAAUCGAAUUAUGCCAUUACCACCGACCUGGGUAACGAAUUUCGAGGCCUCGAGGCGGCACUGCCGGGGGGCGUGGUGCACCGGCAGAAGGACCCGACAGAUCGGAAUGCGACGGCGGUGGUGGACCGGGCGACUCAAACGCUAAAGAAGGAUUUAGCGGGGAAGGUGGCCCGGGACGGCGGUGGUUGGGGCGACCACGUGGACGAAGCAGCGGAGGCCUACAAUGCCCGUCCGCACCAGGCGGUUACGGUAGCCCCGGAGGAUGUGGAGACGAUGCCGGCUGCGACUUUUCGUGUCUAUCAAGACAACGCUCGAAAGUUCAAGCACAACGACGCGUCAGCGGCGGCUCGAGGAG